UUGUCAUGAAGAAAUGAACAGGAAGAUGUUUGUCACACAGACGAGCAGCAGCAGGAUGGAGACGCUCGGCUUGAUUCUCUUCAUGUUGGCGUCUCUUUCAGAGGCCUUCAACAUCGACACUGAACAUCCACUGAGAUUUAACGGCACGCCAGAAGAUUUCUUUGGUUACAGCGUUUAUCAGACCGAGUUUGGAAACAGGAAGCAGAUCAUUGUUGGAGCUCCAUUAGAAGGAAACUCAGCAGGGGAGAUGUACAGCUGCACAGCAGAUCUGCAGUCCUGCAAACGGCUGCAGCGGCCAGGUUCAGAGAGCGUCCGCUUCUUCGGCAUGUCUUCUGCUGUGUCUUCUGCUGCUCUCACUAGCUGCAGUCCGUAUUUUCCUCAUGAGUGUGUUGGAAACUCGUAUCUGAACGGCGUUUGCUACCAGUUCAACAGCAGCUUACAGGCCAUCUCCAACUUCACCGCUGCUUACCAAGAAUGCAGCAAGAGAGAAGUCAAUCUGGUGUUUCUCUUUGAUGGAUCCAGCAGUAUGAAAUCAUACGAGUUUGAAAUGAACAAAUACUUCAUUAAAGAUGUUAUGAAAAAACUUUCAUACUCAUCCAUAAAGUUUGCUGCUGUACAGUUUUCAACAGAUGUACGAACUGUGUUUGACUUCAACGAUUAUCAGAACGGCUCUGCUGAAGAGAAACUCAUGAAAGAGAGACACAUGAAAUCUCUCACAAGCACACACAAAGCAAUCUACUACGUUCUAAAGAAUCUUCUGAAUAGCGUGUCGUCUGGAGCUGAUCCCAACGCUCAGAAAGCUCUGGUGAUCAUCACAGAUGGAGACCCCAGUGAUAACGAUGAUCAUAAUGUCCUCAACACAUGUGAUGAACAGAAUAUCCUCCGUUACGUGAUCGGGGUGGGAAAGGUUAGUUUAACUGAACUCACUCAGAUGGCAUCAGAACCAAAACAGAACAACACCUUCUACAUUCAAGACUACAGUGGACUUAAAGGACUUGCAAGACUACAGUGGUCUUCGAUCUACAAUAUUGAAGGGUCAGUGGAAGCUCACGGCAGAGACAGACAGAGAGAGUUAUCACAGAGUGGAUUCAGUGUCGUCUACCACGAGGAGUCUGUGAUCGUGGGUUCGGUCGGAUCGAAUGACUGGCGUGGAGCUCUGUAUGAAGUGACGGGAUCAGGAUCUGAUUUCAAUCAGACAGAGAUCAUCGAUCCAGCUGUAAAUAAAGACUCGUACAUGGGUUACUCUUCUGUGCUGGGAAUGAGACGCGGCGUCUAUCUUCUGUUCUCUGGGGCGCCGCGGGCCGAACACACGGGUCUGGUGACCCUCUUCACCAAGAACCAAAACACAUGGACCGCGACGAGCAACAUCAACGGAGAACAAAUUGGCUCAUAUUUCGGAGCGUCUCUGAGUCUGUUGGAUGUGGACUCUAAUGGAGACUCAGAUUUCCUGCUGGUCGGAGCUCCAUUAUUUUACCAGUCUCAGCCGAGGACUGAAGGGAGGCUGUACGUCUACACUUUAUCAGAGCAGUAUUUUCAGAAGAUACUGAAUGUGAGUGAAUCAACCACUGGCAGAUUUGCUGCAUCUGUGGGUUCCCUAAAGGACUUGAAUGGAGACGGUCUGUCAGAUGUGUCAAGUGGCGCACCGCUGGAGAAUGAAGGAGUCGUCUACAUCUACCUGGGUGACAGGACGCAUGGCAUAAACCCUGAACUCACUCCUCAGCGGAUCCCAGCGCGCUCAGUUCUGCCCGGUCUGCAGCAGUUUGGAGUGUCUCUGUCCGGUCAGAUGGACAUGAAUAAUGAUAAUCUGACAGAUAUCGUGAUCGGAGCACAAGGAGGGAUCGUCCUGCUCAAGGCUCGGCCUGUGAUGUCUGUAUCUGCGCAGCUCAGUUUCAGUCCAAAGGAAAUCAGUCUGAACUACUUUGAAUGUCGGGGUAGCAACGCAUUUAAUGCAUUUAAUCUCACGUCAUGUUUCACGGUGACCGAGAGGACCAGCAGCACAGGAUCUCUGGAGAAGAAGCUGAAUGUUUCUCUGAAUCUGAAUGUGGAUGUGGUACAAGGAAUGACUCGAGGAUUCUUCGAUCCGAUGGAUUCGUCGUCCAGUUCUCUGCAGCAGUCCGUCCUGCUGGAUUCUGGCUUCUCCUGCUUCAGCUUCUCUAUCUUCAUGCUGCACUGUGUUUUCGACACAGUGAAUCUUCUGAAGAUACGAAUGAAUUUCUCACAAACUGAGAUGUUGUCUGGAAAUUCUGUGGCUGUUCUUGACGUCCACAGCAGGACGGAGGAGUUUGUUGAGGUUCCAGUGAAGGUGGAGCUUGUCACUCCAAUCAAUCAGAUAAUGUUGAUCGUUGGAAGUUUCGUGGGGGGUGGGUUCAUCGUGUUCAUUAUCAUAUUGGUAGUGCUAGUGAAGCAUGGGUUUUUUAAAAGGAUGCGCCCUCGAGACUUCUUCCAAGUGGAUGAAAAUGUGACCUUGGUAAAGAAAACAUCGGCAAAGACAAAGAGAAUGGAGGGAUGUAAAAUGGAGUGAAAAUAUUAUUUAUUUAUUGAUAAUAAUACUUAUCUUCAUCUGUCUUUUUAUUUUAUUUCAAAGAAGUAACCUUUAUAGUGCUAGGUGUGGGCGAUACACCGGUACACAAAAUAAACACAAAAUUUGUCAGCAGGUACAAACUGUAAGAUU